AGGAAGGAAGGGUGCGGUCUCUAUAGCGGUCGCCUUCCCUGGCCCGCCUGGAACCAGUUUCCGAGCACCAGCGCCCCGGACGCACACCUGGCUCGCCGGACGCACACGUGGCUCGCGGUUCUCUAGCACACCGGGUCCUGCUUCAGGGUCGGUGAGAUCUGCACUCAAGGCAGAGGCGGAACAGCAUGGCCUCCCUCUGGGUGGGAAAUCGAGGGACAGUGCGAGAUUAUCCAGGCUUUAGCCCGUCCGUGGAUGCUGAAGCGAUUCGUAAGGCAAUCAGAGGAAUUGGAACUGACGAGAAAACGCUCAUCAGCAUUCUGACUGAGAGGUCGAGUGCACAGCGGCAGCUGAUUGUGAAGGAAUAUGAAACAGCAUAUGGGAAGAAACUGAAAGAUGACUUGAAAGGCGAUCUCUCUGGCCACUUUGAGCAUCUCAUGGUGGCCCUUGUGACUCCGCCAGCAGUGUUCGACGCAAAGCAGCUGAAGAAAUCCAUGAAGGGUACUGGAACAAAUGAAGAUGCAUUGAUUGAAAUCUUAACCACCAGGACAAGCAGACAAGUGAAGGAGAUCUCUCAAGCCUACUACACAGUAUAUAAGAAGAGUCUUGGAGAUGACAUUAGCUCUGAAACAUCUGGUGACUUCCGGAAAGCUCUGUUGACUUUGGCAGAUGGCAGAAGAGACGAAAGUCUAAAAGUGGAUGAGCAACUGGCAGUAAAGGAUGCCCAGGUUCUCUAUAAUGCUGGUGAGAACAGAUGGGGCACAGACGAAGAUAAAUUCACAGAGAUCCUCUGUCUAAGGAGCUUUCCACAACUGAAACGAACAUUUGAUGAAUACAGAAAUAUUAGCCACAAGGACAUUGAGGACAGCAUAAAAGGAGAAUUAUCUGGGCAUUUUGAAGACCUACUGCUGGCCAUAGUGCAUUGUGCAAGGAACACGUCUGCCUUUUUAGCUGAAAGACUGCAUCAAGCUUUGAAGGGCGCUGGAACUGAUGAGUUUACUCUGAACCGAAUAAUGGUUUCCAGAUCAGAAAUUGAUCUUUUGGACAUCCGAGCCGAGUUUAAGAAGCGCUGUGGCUAUUCGCUGUAUUCAGCAAUUCAAUCCGAUACUUCUGGAGACUAUGGAACCACACUCUUGAAGCUCUGUGGAGGAGAUGACUGAAUCAAGGACGUCAUCUCCAAGGGUUGCCUGCUCCCACGACGGCCUUUUCCAACAGCAUUGCUUCCUUCUUUCUCACAGUAUUUAGAAGUACAAGCAAGCAUAAGCAGCCACUUGUUUUUCCUAAAAGAGAUUUUCAUUGUUUCCUAACAGCAACAAUGUGAUUAUUUUAGAGCUGUUCAUCAUAAUGUAGUGGUUCAUAAAUGAACAUUUAAAAUGAGGUGAAGGAUCUCUUAAUACUGCCCAGAUUAGAGUUCUGCUUAGGAAGUGAGAAUCUUUGUACCAUUGUAAAAUAUUAAAUGCAAAAGCAGUGCAAUAAAAUUGUUGCUUUCAUUA